GACACAAUGAAGCUACUCUCUUCAAUAUUCAUAUUAUCCAGUUUGUCCGGGGCAUUAACAAGACAAGUUGACCGAAGCAACUCCAAUUCCAGAUUCAAUCAGUAUCAGACACUGAAUACAAAACGGUUCCCAGUAUGGAAAGAUGGAGACCCACGCUACAAAACCAGCUGGAUGGGUGGCCAGCUGAAGUUUGAUGUGGGAAAUGAUGCCCCCACCUUGACCGGUGCUAAAAUCAGCUUCACCAUUGACAUCGUGUUCCCUCAUAACCAGAAGGUCCUGCCUGAUGGACAAGUUGUUUGGGCAAAAAACUGCACCAUCAAUGGCACGCAGUUUCACGAAGGCGAGCCUGUGUAUCCAGAGGAAAACUCAUGGAACGCUGUGUCUCCAAAUGCUCAUCUCUUUUCCAGACAGGGAGACAAGCCACCUCCAUAUGUGUUUGUAUGGAAAACUUGGGGUAAAUACUGGCAGGUUUGCGACGGUCCAUCCUCUUCGCUGACCAUCGACACUGAUGAUGUUCCACUCGGCUCUUAUAUAAUGGAUGUUGUCAUCUAUCACUACAGGCAAAAAGAUAGAUUCAUCCCCAUUGGAUUUGCAUCCACACAGUUCUCGAUCAUUGACCAGAUUCCCUUUGCGGUUUCUCUGACGCAGGUAAACGACAAAGACCAAGGCGAUCACAAAUUCGUCCAGAACAGAGCAGUGGCCUUCAGCAUCACCCUUCACGACCCCAGUGAGUACUUGAGCAAAUCUGACGUGACUUUCAACUGGAACUUCGGAGAUGGCAGUGGCACUGUAAUAUCCAGGGAAUCCACCGUCACACACACUUACAUUGCAUCUGGACCCUUCAAGCCACAAGUUGUUGUGCAGGCAGCUAUUCCAGAUCCGUCUUGUUCGGGACCACCGAAUCCUCCAGUUGAAGGAUCCACUGCCAACACCUUCACCUCUGAGAGCCCCAAACACCCCAGCGAACACCUCGCUACAGAUCAUCCUACCAGACAUUUUUCAGCACCCUUUGUGAAAUCCACACCCCUGUCAGCAAUGAAAACUGUUCCACCUGCACCUACUAAUGGAGAUCUAUCAAAAUCCGGCCUCGAGAAGCAGGUUGUUGAUCUUAUACCUGAUUUUAAGAUGUCUGAAACACUGAAUGUUGUGACAAACACUCCACUGAAGGCAACUGCCACAGACAUGGCAAUGGUGGAGGAUGAGUCUAUUGAAAACCAAGCCCAUGUGUCGAUAAUAAAGCGUCAGGCCCCAAACAUAAAUGGCUGUGUGAUUUACCGCUAUGGAUCCUUCUCAACUGAUAUCGAGAUUAUCGAGGGCAUUGAGAGUGUGCAGAUCGUCCAGGUGGCUGUAGCUGAUGGCUUUCUGCUAACUGAGAUGGAGCAGAAUGCUGUCGAUUUCACUGUUUCUUGCCAAGGAAGCAUCCCCACUGAAGUGUGCACUAUAGUGUCGGAUGCUGACUGUCACGCACCAGUUAUGACCAUCUGCAAUGCCGUGAGCCCAUCUUCAGAUUGCCAACUCAUCCUUCGCCAUUUCUUCAAUGACUCUGGAACCUUCUGCAUUAACGUGUCCAUGGCGAAUGACGUCAGUAUGGCUGUCACAAAUGCCAGGGUUAACAUUAACAUAGGUUCCAAGUUGACACCCGCAGGUGCCGCUGCCCUGUUGUUGGGCAUCUUGACUGUCGUAUCAGCAAUGGCGGCUGUAGCUUUUGCAUAUAAGCAUCUUAAAGGGUACCAAAGGCUGACUGAGGAUCCUGCGGCAUGCCAAUCAAAUGAUGCCGGCGUGUGCUCGAUGCCAGCGCUUUUCUGGAGCCUGAUGAACCAGCAGACGGUGGAUCAGAAAAAAGGAGUAGUGUGAAUUUUACAUUCAAUGGUGAAAGAAUGUAGGUAGCAUUGGCACUAUUUUGAAUAGCAUUAAGAAAUUUGAACCUUUUGUACCACUUUUCAAUCUUUAAUGUUUGAAUUGGAUUUUGUAUUAUUUUUGUACAAACAUU